UAAGAAUUGGCAUCUAACAGACUUACCUCCUGGCUGCAAAGUCUUAGGUAAUAAAUGGGUUCUAAAAACGAAACGGAAACCUGAUGGUGCAAUCGAAAGGUUUUGAGCUCGCCUAGUAGUUAAGGGCUACAGGCAGAGAGAGAAUAUAGAUUUCUUCGAUACCUAUUCACCAGUAUCUAGAAUAACAUCCAUUUGUGUCAUGAUUGCUCUUGCUGCCUUGAACAAUCUCGUGGUACACCAAAUGGAUGUUAAGACUGCUUUUUUGAACGGUGAUCUAGAUGAAGAAAUCUAUAUGGAACAACUAGAAGGGAUUGUUAUCCCCGAACAUUCCUCGAAAGUCUGUAAGUUAGACAAAUCAUUAUAUAGUUUGAAACAGGCUCCAAAAUAGUGGCAUGAGAAGUUUGACACUCUCUUCCUCUCACAUGGCUUUAAGGUGAAUGAAAGUGACAAGUGUACUUAUUGCAAGUCAGAGAAUAACAGUUGUACUAUCAUAUGUUUGUAUGUAGAUGACAUGUUAAUAUUUGGUACAAAUAUUCAUGUGGUCAAUGAAGCGAAAGCCAUGUUAAAAGAGAGCUUUGAGGUGAAAGAUCUGGGAGAAGCGAAGUUUAUGCUUGGAAUCCAGAUAACUAGAACAACAAAUGGUUAUUCUCUAGAUCAAUCUAGCUACAUAGAGAAGAUCUUGAAGAAAUAUAACUAUUUCGACUGUAAACCUGUGUGUACUCCGUAUGAUGCUAGUGUAAAGCUAUUUAAGAACACUGGAGACAGUGUAAGGCAAUCAGAAUAUGCUAGCAUCAUUGGCAGUCUCCGCUAUGCUGCGGAUUACACUCGACCAAACAUUGCAUAUGUCGUGGGAUUGCUUGGCAGGUUUAACAGCUGUCCUAGUAGAGAGAAUUGGAAUGCUAUAGAGAGGGCCAUGAGAUACCUCAAGAGAACAGCAAACCUUGGUAUACACUAUCAAAGGUUUCCUGCUGUACUAGAAGGUAUAGUGAUGCGGAUUGGAAUACCCUAUCAGAUGACUCCAAGGCAACCAGCGGGUAUGUUUUUAACAUCGCUAGUGGAGCUGUGUCUUGGAAGUCAAAGAAACAAACAAUCCUAGCUCAAUCAACUAUGGAAUCAGAGAUGAUAGCAUUAGCAACGGCUAGUGAAGAAGCAAGUUGGUUGAGAGGAUUGUUGUCAGAGAUUCCCCUAUGGGAAAGGCCGGUCCCUCCGGUAUUGAUCCAUUGUGAUAGUACCGUAACUAUCGCUAAAGUUGAGAACCGGUUCUAUAAUGGAAAGAAACGACAGAUUCGUCGUAAGCACAAUACUGUAAGAGAACUCCUAACGAUAGGAGCAGUGAGGGUGGAUCAUAUAAGAUCCGAACAGAAUCUAACUGAUCCUUUGACGAAAGGAUUACCUAGAGAGAAAGUCCAGAAUACCGCCAAGGGUAUGGGACUUAUGCCUACCGAACCACGGACUACAAGUGAUGGUAACCCGACCCAAUAGAUUGGAGAUCCCAAGAAAUGGGUUCAAUGGGUAAUAACAAGUCAUGAGUAGUAUGCGAAAUGUUCAUGCAUAGUGAAGCAUGAAUCCCAAAGCAAUGGAGGUUGAGUUAAUAACUAUUAAUGAGAUCUAUACCCUAUGUGGGGUGGAGUACUUUACUUUGGGGGUACUCCUGAUAGACUCACCUAUGUGAAUGUGGGAGUGGGGCCGCUCCCUAUGGAACUUUGGAGGCACAAAGUUGCUAGUGCGUUCACUAACCAGGAUAACGUGCAUGGCCAUAAACGCACGGGCUAAGAAGAGAACACCACUUAAAGAAAAGAUCCAGUGUGCUACACUGUCUGAGAUAGGGUCAAGACUACGAAUCACCCUUAUGAAAUCGGAAGUGUAACCACUAAGCUAAGGUUCAAAUCUUCGCGAUACCUUAGCUUAUGCCUGAUCUUAUGGAACUGUUGAUGCUCAGAGAUAGUUUCAAAACUAUUCAAGUGGGGGAUUAUUGGAAAUGUAUGAAUAGCUUUGAAAGCUAUAGAGUCUCAAGUGGAAAAACUACCACAUUGGUAGUUUUACUUGGUGAAAUGUGUAUAAUGAUAGGAGCCUCUCUCCUAAGGGCAUGCCCUUUGGGGUGACCCACUUUUGUGGGAGAGGGAGGACCUAACGGACCACCACACACACACGUGCGCACGCGCCGUCCGUCCGACCAGUCGGUUGAUUGGUUGGUUCACUUGAGACUAUAUAUAUUUUUUUGGAGAAAUUCCGAACGAAAUUAAUUAUCUAAUAAUUAAUUAUUAAUCGGUUAUUCUGAGGAAUAUUCUAAGGAUAAUCGACUAAAAAGGAAUAUUUGAAGGAUAAUCCCGCAUGAUUUAUCUUAACCGACGGUUUUAAUUAAGAAAGUAUUUAUCUUCCUUAAUUAAUCAGACUUAUUCCCCAAGCAAGAGGGUAUAUUCCUAGGGGUUCGGCUCCUAUAAAUAGCCGCCUCCCCAGCCCCUCUAAAUACAUUACAACGAGCAUAAACACAAUAGAGAGAGUGUUCAGAGAGCUCCUGUUUCCACACAAAACCGCGAGUACAAAGAGGAGCUGUUUUAUCCUGGAGACGACCGGUUGAUAGUCUGUCGUGCGCAUCGAGGGCAGUGCCGCGAACGUCUUAAAGAGAGCGACCUAGUCCGCGACUCAGCUCCAGAUUCGGUAACCUCGUUCUUGUUGUUGUUCCGUUCUUAACAGUUAACAUAUGUCAUGAAAUUAAAUUAAUGUUUGAUCAUGAAACUAAACAGAUCUAAUUAUUCAACAAUACAUUCCCACCAUAAACAAAAGAAACAAAAAAAAAACUCAUCGAAAAUCAAUAUUCAACCUUUAAACACUAACUCUCAACUGAACCUUAGACUAACUCCAACCCUAGAGCUAAAAAGCCAUUUACCCAUUUUUAGCUCUUUUUUUGUGCUCCAACCCACAUUAUUUUGGGAGCUAAAAAUGGGUAUUGGUGAAUUGGGAGCCAAAUUUAGUUUCCAAAAAGGUGAAAAAGCCAAAUUUGGCUAGAGGAAAUGGUGGACCCGCGGUGGGUCCUCUUUUUUUUUCUGUGGGAUUUUCUCAUUAGUUGAUUGUGUUGUUUUUUCUUUUUGCUUUUUUUGUGUGGUAUUUUGUCAUUGGUUGAUUGUGUAUGUUGUUUGUUUAAUUGUUUGAAAGAAGAUAUGAAAUGUUAUAUGUUUAAUUGAUAUUUUUUCAUUGGUCCCGAAGUUAACGGUAACAAAAUAAUGACUAAUUUUCCGAAACUUUUUUUUGUCUCGGAAUAAAAAAAAUUACAUCGAAAAUUUUGUUUUCAAAAGUAAUAACUAACUAUAGAAAAUUAAAGUGAAAUAUGAAAAUUAGAGGUCAAAUAAGUAUGUUUUAUUGUAAUAAAUUGAAAAAAAGGUAGGUAGGAAGCUAAAUUUAGCAUUGUGUAGGGUUGGAGUGAAAAUGGGGUUUGAGAAGCUAAAAAGCCAUAUUUGGCUACUUGGGAAGCCAAAUUUGACUUUACGGGUUGAAGUUAGUCUUAGGAGAAAAAAUUCAUAAAUUUUGAACCCCAAGAACCUAAGGAAAUAUGUCUCUAGUAGCCAAUAGAUAUUUUCUUUCACCGUGUAUUCUCAUGCCAAUAAGAAACUAUAUAGUCUAAACUCUAAGCUAUAGAUUAUUAACCAUGUAUUCUCAUGUCAAUUAGAAACUAUAUAGUCUAAACUCUAAACUCUAACCUAUAUAUUCUCAAACUCUUAAUAUUAAAGUUUACACUGUAACAUCACCCGCCCAAAAUAUGUGAAAUGCAACCAUUAAAAUAAUCAUUAGAUUCAACUUAGUGUUAUUUUAGAUUUUGGUAAUUUCGUGUGAUAUUUGCUUCUAACGCUUAGAUAUGUUUAGACGCCUAAAUGAGCUCGGUACUAUACAAGAUCUCAACUCUCAUAUUAUAUAAGACAAACCAAAAGAAACUGCUUUGCAGAAAAUAAAUCUCAAAACAAAUUAAUAACAUUUAAGCACAUGUGGUUAACAUCAUCUUCAAUGGCUCUAUUUCAAAGUGUGCCGCUCUAAACACUAACCUAGUAGAUUAAUUUCAUUAUGUGUUAUCCAAAAAAUUUAACUCCUACAAACGGAUAAUAACUUUGUUUACAUUAAAAUAAAAUUCCUUACAAUGUCGAUAAUUUAUUCACAUACUUGAAAAAUAUCAUGCCCAUUGAUGAUAUGUGAAUAUACCACCAUGAUUCAA